AUGUCUGGAUCGAUCUCGCCGGGUGGCCUGACGCGGCCUGACGAGCGGAGCGCCCUGCUGCCCAAGGUCGCCUCGGCCGGUGCCUCGUCUGAGCGGCCGAGUGUGACCGGUGAUGGCUAUGGCUCGGAUGGUGACGACACGACGGCGGCAGCUUCGUCGGAUGAGACGACCGAGACGCCGUACCGGCUGUGGCUGGCCGAGAUCUGGCUGCUGACCAAGGCGUCGGUGCCGGUGAUCCUGGCCUACACGCUGCAGAACUCGCUGCAGACGGUGUCGGUCCUCAUGGCCGGUCGGCUCUCGCCCGAGGCGCUGGCCACGGCCGCCUUCUCGUACAUGUUCGCCAUGGCGACGGCCUGGCUCAUCGGACUUGGUGGCACGACCGCCCUGGACACGCUGGCUUCGAGCAGCUUCACCGGCUCGGCCAACAAGCACGACCUCGGCAUCCUGCUGCAGCGCGGGCUCGUCAUCCUGUCGGGCUUCUAUGCCAUCGUCUCUGUGCUCUGGUGGUUUUCCGAACCCGUCUUCCGUGCCCUCGGCCAGGAGGAGUUCAUCUGCGUCCAGAGCGCCAUGUUCCUGCGCUGCCUCAUUCCCGGCGGCCUCGGCUACAUCUGCUUCGAGGCCAUGAAGAAGUAUCUGCAGGCACAGGCCAUCUACAACCCCGGCACGUACGUGCUGCUCAUCACGUCGCCCCUGAACGCGCUGCUCAAUUACGUCUUCAUCUACGUGCUGGAUAUCGGCCUGUACGGAGCGCCGCUGGCGACCGGCAUCGCCUACUGGACGUCGUUCUUGCUGCUGGUGGCCUACGCCGUCUUUGUGCGCGGCCACGAGUGCUGGGGCGGCCUGGACCUGCGGCGGGCUCUGCACCCGGAGCACAUGCUCCCGUUUGCCCGCCUGGCCGUCCUCGGCAUUGUCCACGUCGGCACUGAGUGGUGGGCCUUUGAGAUCGUCGCGCUGGCCGCUGGACGUUUGGGCACCAUCCCACUGGCUGCCCAGAGUGUCAUUAUGACGGCCGACCAGAUCAUCAACACGGUGCCUUUUGGUCUCGGCGUCGCUGCUUCGGCUCGCAUUGGCAACCUGCUGGGCGCCCAUAAGCCGGCCGAGACCCGGCGUGCGGCCCAUUGUGCUGCCGUGCUCAGCACCAUUGCCGGUUCUCUCAUCUUGGUCAUCCUCAUGAGCGUGCGCCACGUGUUUGGCCGCCUCUUCAACGACGACCAGCGUGUCAUCGACCUCGUUUCCGCCGUCAUGCCCUAUGUCGCCCUCUUCCAGAUCGCCGACGGACUCAACGGCAGCUGCGGUGGCGUCCUGCGUGGUAUGGGCCGCCAGUGGGUCGGCGCUGCCGUCAAUCUCAUCAGCUACUACGGCGGUGCCCUACCCGGUGGCAUCUACCUCGCCUUCCACGGCUGGGGUCUCGGCGGCCUCUGGAUCGGCCAGUGUGUCGCCCUCUAUCUCGUCGGCGCCUUUGAGUGGGUCAUCGUCGGCCUGAGCGACUGGGACAAGGAGGUCGACCGCGCCAUGGACCGUCUGCGUGCCGGUGGUGUCGGUGUCUCUCUGACCGCCGAUGACGACGACAUUGACGAAGCUGCUACUGUCUAA